GGCCCGCCGGUAACGGUCGCCAGGGCGAGUGGCGGGAGGGGAAGGAAGGGGUUUUAAAUUAUUUUUUUAAAAACUGUGAGCGAGAGCCAAAGGCAUCGCCACCCAGGUGUCGCCGCUUCCUGCUGCAGAGGGCUUGGCGCCCAGGUCCCUCCCUUCUCACGCCCCCUCCCCUUCUGCCCUCCCCUCUGGAGCCUCGCGGCGUUUAAGAGGCGGCGGCGGCGGCGGCGGAUCGAGCGGUCGCUGCAGUCCCGGCGGCCGUGGAGAACGAGGAAGGGAAGCACAAAGCCCGCUGCGCGAAGCGAGCUGCGAGGUAACAAAGGGAGUCCUUCGACUUGAAGCAUGAGUUCAGAUGCCAGCCAAGGUGUGGUCACUACUCCUCCUCCCCCCAGCAUGCCUCACAAAGAGAGAUAUUUUGACCGCAUCAAUGAGAAUGACCCAGAAUACAUUCGGGAGAGGAACAUGUCUCCUGAUCUACGGCAAGACUUCAACAUGAUGGAGCAGAGGAAACGAGUUACUCAGAUCUUGCAAAGUCCUGCCUUUCGGGAAGAUCUGGAAUGCCUUAUCCAAGAACAGAUGAAGAAAGGCCACAACCCAACUGGAUUGCUGGCAUUACAGCAGAUCGCAGAUUACAUCACGACCAAUUCUUUCUCGGGCUUUACUUCACCUCCUCUCAGUCUCGGCAUGGUCACACCUAUCAAUGACCUCCCUGGGGCAGAUACAUCCUCCUACGUGAAGGGAGAGAAACUUACUCGCUGUAAGCUUGCCAGCCUGUAUAGACUCGUGGACUUGUUUGGAUGGGCACACCUGGCAAACACCUAUAUCUCCGUAAGAAUAAGUAAGGAGCAAGACCACAUAAUAAUAAUUCCUAGAGGCCUGUCUUUUUCUGAAGCCACAGCCUCCAAUUUGGUGAAAGUCAAUAUCAUAGGAGAAGUGGUUGAUCAGGGAAGUACUAACCUGAAAAUUGACCACACAGGCUUCAGUCCCCAUGCUGCGAUCUAUUCAACACGUCCUGAUGUUAAGUGUGUGAUACACAUCCAUACCCUGGCAACAGCAGCUGUAUCCUCCAUGAAGUGUGGGAUCCUUCCAAUUUCUCAAGAGUCCCUCUUCCUGGGAGAUGUCGCCUAUUAUGACUACCAAGGGUCACUUGAUGAACAGGAGGAGAGAAUUCAACUACAGAAAGUUCUGGGGCCAAGUUGUAAGGUGCUGGUACUCAGAAAUCAUGGUAUGGUAGCCCUUGGAGAAACGAUUGAGGAGGCUUUUCAUUAUAUAUUUAAUGUGCAGAUAGCCUGUGAGAUUCAGGUGCAAGCAUUAGCAGGGGCAGGUGGAAUAGACAAUCUGCUCGUGCUGGAUCUUCAGAAGUAUAAAUCUUUCACUCAUGCUAUAGCAACAGCUGGAGGAGGAGGAGUGAAUAUGGGCUCCCAUCAAAAAUGGAAGGUUGGCGAGAUUGAGUUUGAAGGGCUGAUGAGGACUCUGGAUAAUUUGGGGUAUAGAACAGGCUAUGCUUAUAGGCAUCCUCUCAUUCGAGAGAAGCCUAGGCACAAGAGUGAUGUGGAAAUCCCAGCAACUGUGACCGCUUUUUCCUUUGAGGAUGACACAGUGCCACUCUCUCCUCUCAAAUACAUGGCACAGAGACAGCAGCGUGAAAAAACAAGAUGGCUGAACUCACCAAAUACUUACAUGAAAGUGAAUGUGCCUGAGGAGUCUCGGAAUGGGGAAACCAGUCCCAGGACCAAAAUCACAUGGUUGAGAGCAGAGGACUCUUCUAAAGUUAGUAGUGGAACACCUAUCAAAAUUGAAGAUCCAAAUCAAUUUGUUCCUUUAAACACAAACCCGAAUGAGGUACUAGAAAAGAGAAAUAAGAUUCGAGAACAAAACCGGUAUGACUUGAAAACAGCUGGACCACAGUCGCAGUUGCUUGCUGGAAUUGUUGUGGACAAGCCCCCUUCUACCAUGCAGUUUGAAGAUGACGAUCAGGCCCCACCAGCUCCUCCCAACCCCUUCAGUCAUCUCACAGAAGGCGAGCUGGAAGAGUAUAAGAAGACAAUCGAGCGUAAACAGCAAGGCCUGGAAGAUGCUGAGCAGGAAUUACUCUCAGAUGACGCUUCAUCUGUUUCACAAAUUCAGUCUCAAACUCAGUCACCGCAAAAUAUCCCUGAAAAAUUAGAAGAAAACCAUGAGCUAUUUUCCAAGAGCUUCAUCUCCAUGGAGGUGCCCGUCAUGGUGGUGAAUGGCAAGGAUGAUAUGCAUGAUGUUGAAGAUGAGCUUGCGAAGCGAGUGAGUAGAUUAACCACGAGCACGACCAUAGAGAACAUCGAGAUUACCAUUAAGUCUCCAGAAAAAAUUGAAGAAGUCCUGUCACCUGAAGGCUCCCCUUCAAAAUCGCCAUCCAAGAAAAAGAAGAAAUUCCGUACUCCUUCUUUUCUGAAAAAGAACAAAAAAAAGGAGAAAGUUGAAGCCUAACUUAACUCUUUUUAUAAUUAUUAUUAUUACAAUGUGACAUUGCACAUUUAAAUACCACGCUUAAGUUGAUGAUUAAUAUGCAGUGGUAGAGAAGACUGGGGGUAUGUAGCAAACUGGACUUUAAGAACUGGAAAGGGAUUUUACUAAAAGAAAAACAUAUUAUGAAAAGAACUUCAAAUUCAUCUCUCAUUUUGUAUGUCCAAAAAAGGUUUUGAAUUUUUGAAUAAUUGCUAGUUUUAGUUAGCUCUGCCCUCAUGAAGUAUUACUAUAAUUCACCACAGAUAUCUGUCUGAAUUACUUCAGGCCUUCUCCAUAAUAUCUGUUGGAAACGAAAUACCAGUGCACAAGUGAGAGAAUUUUUAUUUCUUGACACCUGCUUCACUGGGUAAUCAGAUUAUAAUUUUUUACCACGAUUAUUGACUGUAGCUUUUGGGUUCCCAUUGUUUCAGUGGGCAUUAACAGAACGCUUUAAAAGCUUCUAAGAAUCUAUAGCAUUAGUAUACACUGGCACAGAAUUUUUUUAAAAAAAAAUUUAAGAAAAGAUUCAUCUGGAAUUUUAUUCAUAGUAUAAAACUUCCUCACCUGAAGUAACUUUCUUUGCCAAAAAAGAGAAAUCAUUUUAGUAAACUAUAAUUUUUGAAAACUUCCUUUUUUAUUAGUUGAGAAAGCCCCUUAUUUUUCAACAAAGGGGAUUUUGUACACGUACAUGGGUUAUUUAGUUUAACUCUGGCAAAAACGAUUUUUGUAUGUUGAGAUGUUUGUAUACCAUUCAAUAUAAAAGCAUCAUAAGCAUAUUAGCCAGUCCUAUAACAGUAGAGCAUAUUUGAAGCUGCUUGGUACUAAGUAUGCUUAAAUCUAAUUCAAGAAUCCAGGCACUUGGCAUCUAAAGGAGAUUAAAGCAUUUCAAGGUAUAAGUAGAUUCACAUUUGAACCUUAUAAUGUAUUUUUCUCUUAGUGUUGCUAAUGAAUGAAGAUGGUCUCAUGAGGGAAACAAAUGAAAAGGAAGAGAGAAAGUGAAAAAUGAAGGGAACAAAAGCGGUGUCAUGCCAAGAAUUCUAGUUUGAUGAAGACCCACAGUCACGAUAGGAUUUGAAGCAUAGGUUUAUUUGGAACAUGUCCCAGAUUUCUAAAAUUCUGCUUCUCUGCCAAAAUCGUCGUAUUUCUUGGUUUCCUUUUAACUUCUGUCUCUUUAGAAGCAGCACUAGAAGAAAUCAGUGGGUCUAAUCCCCCAACGAGAAAACCUACCACUUCUUGAUUUUUACAAGAUUUUCUCACCUUAUUUCAGUUAACUUUCUUUCUAAUGUAAAUACAAAUUUAAACCUAGACCUAAUAUAGUUUUCUCCCCUUCACCGAAGUGAUGUCACAAAUCAAUGUAAAAUCGAUGAUCCGAAAUGGUCAGUGGGUGAAAAUAAUCCAAAGUGUUUCUGGAGGAUGAGUUGGCGUGUCGAAAUCACAUUACACAUUACAGUGCGUUCUGGAGCUGGUUCUGUUUGGCUGUAUGUGUACGAUGAUGCAAAGCUGAAACAGAGCCUGGAAAUUUCAUUCUGGAUCUCACUAACUACUGGAAUCAGUGUUUUAAUCUCUUAGCAGAAACUUUCAGUUGCUUACUUCUGUAUUUGAGGAUUUUUUUUUUAUGUUCUACAUCAUUUAUGUUGUAUUACAACGUAUGUAGAAACAGUAACCUGUGAACUAUGCUUUUCCAUAACUUUUUAAAUAUAUAUAUCUUAAAUGAAUGCAAUGUGCAUAAAUAUUUUUUAAACGCAACAGUGAACUAUUUGCACCUUUUGCUAAUGCCUCUAUUUACUUGCUUUGGCAUAAAGAAUGAGCCAAUGAACCUCUGUGUCCUGUGGAAAAUGUAUAAAUGUUAUCUGAUAUUGCUCUUAGAUGUAAUGCUAAUUAAUGUUAAAUCACAAAUAAACAGUAUUUUAAAUAGA